AUGUUUAAACAUUCCAACAAACUGCCCCCACCAAUGACAUUCACGGCGUACGGUGAUUGGCCGUUAGAGUUGGACAAGAAAUUUGUAGUGGUAGGACUGCAUGUAAUUUAUCUAUCAACAGUUCGCACACCUGCGGCACUCCUAACCUCAAAUCUUAAAAGCGCGGGAAACACUUCAGGCAUGACUCUACAGACCUUGUCGCCCGUGGGGCCCCCAGCCUCUAGGGAUAACCACAACCCCUGCAACAACAGCGCACAUGCAACACAUAGAAAGAAUCCCCUACCACCGAUUAUCGAGCAAGACGCCAAGCAAGUCUGUGGGAAUUCAUCUCCAGAAUCACCGGAAAUGGUCGCAGAAAUAAAUGAUGCCCCAUCCAAUACCCUCGUAGAGGACCAUAUACGCGUAACCCCCGAUACCAUCGGCGCGAUAGGCAUGGAUCUUCAAUUAAAGACACCGCGUUUAAACAUGGGACGUUCUAAAACGAUAACUGGCGAAGUCCGCGAACCGAUUAGCCAGAAACACCUGGACGUGCUGCUUUUACAAGAGCCAUACGUUCAAAGGCACAGGACAGGUUACGAAGUUAUAGGACUAGGAAACGGAACAAGAAUAACUGCCAUCCGCGAUGAAAGACCCUGGUCGGCUGUCGCGGUAACCAGCCCGAACAUCGCGUUACUUUUUAUCUCUCAGCUCAGCACUCAGCACUGCGUCUGUGCAGAAGUGCAAGCACCCGGCUCCUCUUUCUACAUUGUCUCGCACUACUUUCAGUACAGCGACGAAAUAGAGGAGCACCUUAGGCACUUGGAAUCCUUCGUGCAGGGAGUGAUUAACACUCUUAAACGAGAAGGCAGGAAAACUACGAAAGUUCGUGAUACGGCAAGAGUCCUCCUUAGUACGCAUGUUCCGGAUGACUGCGUGUCCGAAGACAUGCCGGAACAGCAAGCGGUACGGAAUAUCUCCAGAAAUGUUCCCGAAGCUGCAGAUGCCCCUCUCUUCACGAAGGAAGAGGUCGCGCGUGUCAUAAGAUCUCUCAAAAACGGAAAGGCCCCGGAGCCGGAUCUUAUCGAGGUGUGCGUGCUCAAGAGAGCCUUUGCCGCUAUCCCAUUCCAAUUCGUUGAUCUUUUUAACAGAUGCCUUCAAUGGAGCAUCUUCCCAUUUAUUUGGAAAGAGGGCUCCUUAAGAACACUCUUUAAAGGCGAUAACAAAGACGCGGAGGACCCCAAGUCUUACCGGCCCAUAUGUCUUCUCUCCAUCAUAGGAAAGGUUCUAGAAAGGCUACUGAAGUUGCGCCUUAACGAAACAUCCCUCGCGCCGGGUAAACUUUCGGACAAACAAUUUGGCUUUGUCUCGGGACGCUGA